ACGGUUCAUUUAGCUUAACCCAUUACGUUGUCGGUGUUUAAAUUGACGUUGGCCAUCUGACACAGGACACACUUUAAUGUCACAGAAAGCUUAAUGUUAGGGAUAACGUUACACUGACUGACAGAUGAAGAGGCUGUCAACUAGCUGAGUUAUUCCGCGUUAACUCCAGCUAAGUUAGCUAACGUUAGCUUGAGGACAUGGGCAUGAUUUGAUGCCCUCACAUUAUUUAGUUGACUGUGUUUAGUCUACAUCAGAGAGACAGGCUUGUUAAAUGUUCGCACUGCUUGGUCAUUAGAGCUCUGUAGCUGAGCACUGACGUGUGCGUUACACUGAAUUAGCUUUAGCAAAAGUGUCCUUGGCCAGCCACCUGACUAAUACUAGUUUCCAGUGUGAGAUUGGCUUAGGUUUGAAUAAGUUGUACUCUUCUUUGGCGGUCUGAUUAAUUUUGCCCCAUCGUACUGGGGGGAGUAUGCAGGCAGAAGAUGUCUGUUGCAGCUCUACGUUUGAUCCGCUGUCGGAGGCUGAGUACAGCUGGGCCGCCUGGAGUGAGGAGAGUGCUUCAGUGGAAACAUUUAAGGAAGUUUGCUAAAGUAACAGGUGCAGUUGUGUUGGGGGGCUGUCUUUUUAUCACCUAUGAAGUGGAGGCCUUGGACAAAGCUGUGACCAUUGACACUCGUGCAAUUCUUCAGGAGAAGUACAAGUCUUACAUCUAUCUGAGAGCCACUCCCUCUGAUGAAAAGGAGAACCUUACUGCAGGGCUGACAACUAAAGCAAGGAGGGAACUUCAUAAAGCAGCAAGGCGGUUUCUGGAGUUAUCAUCUAGGCUUUUUCUGCAAUCACUAGAUGAGCACUUUAGCCAUGUGGAUGCAGACCCACAUGAGGUGGCAUUGUGGGUCUUACUUAAGAGGACACAGUCCGCUAAUAAAGCUGUCAGACUACAGGCUGUGAAGGAACUUGCAGAAAAUCACCACUGGCACGACUACCAGUACCAGACAGCAGCACAGGUUAUAGACCAGCGAACAGCAGUGGGCCUGGCACGGACUCCUCAGGUAGACCUUCGAUUCUUUCUGCGCACACCCACGCUGCCUGACCUCGAGGAUGGAUUGUCAGUAGAAGAUGAACUGAGGCAGCUGCUGGGGUCUCUGCCUCAGUCUGAGGUGGACACAUGUGUUCAGUACUUCACCUCACUGGCCCUCAGAGAGAGCACCCAGUCCCUGGCAGCACAACGGGGUGGUCUUUGGUGUUUUGGAGGUAAUGGGCUGCCUUAUGCCCAGAGCCUCACCUCUGUUCCCUCUGAGAAGGUGGAAUCCUUCUGUUUACAGGCACUGGUACAGCACUCAAAGGUCCAGAGCCACUGUGACCGAAUAGUUGCCAACGGGGGCCUGCAGCUCCUCCAGAGGGUUUAUCAGCUUCGCAGAGACUCCCUGAAGAUUCAGAGGAACAUUGUUCGUAUCAUAGGAAAUUUGGCACUCAAUGAGAGUGUUCAUCAGGCCAUAGCCCAGUCUGGCUGGGUAUCUGUCCUGGCUGAGAUGAUGCAGUCUCCGCAUGUCAUGCAGGCGUCUCAUGCAGCCCGCGCUCUGGCCAACCUGGAUAGGGAGGCAGUAAAGGAAAAAUACCAAGACGGCGUCUAUAUCCUCCACCCACAAACACGUGGCAACCAGCCAAUCAAAGCAGACGUGCUCUUCAUCCAUGGGAUUCUAGGAGCAGCUUUUAAGACUUGGAGGCAGAAGGACCGUGUUGUGUCAGAGGAAGAGAAGGAGGCAGAAAACAUGGAUGACUACACUGAAUGCUGGCCAAAGUCAUGGUUGGCUGCUGAUUGCCCAAAUCUGAGAGUACUGUCAGUGGAGUAUGACAGUCACCUCAGUGAUUGGAUGGCCAAGUGCCCUGCUGAGAAUCAAAGGAAAUCUUUAGCCUACAGAAGUCGAGAGCUACUGAAGAAGUUAAAGUUGGCAGGAGUUGGAGAGAGGCCUGUGGUCUGGGUAGCCCACAGUAUGGGAGGAUUGCUUGUGAAGAAAAUGCUGCUGGAUGCCUCAGAGGACCCAGAUAUGCAAGGACUGUUAAAGAACACCAAGGGCAUUAUGUUCUACAGUGUUCCGCACCAUGGCACUUUUAUGGCAGAGUACUCAGUAAAUGUCAGAUAUCUCCUCUUUCCGUCUAUAGAAGUCAGAGAACUAUGUAAAGACUCACCAGCCUUGCGUAACCUGAAUGAAAACUUCCUGAACAUGGCCAAAGAAAAGGAAAUCAAAGUGCUGAGCUUUGCCGAGACACUGCCAACAAACAUUGGUCCCAUGAUCAAGAUACUGGUGGUACCGACACAGUCGGCAAAUCUCGGCAUCGGCGAGCUCAUUGAGGUGGAUGUAGAUCAUCUCAACAUCUGCAAGCCAGAGAAGAAGGACUCAUUUCUGUACAAGCGCAGCCUCCAGUUCAUCGUAGAAGCACUUCAGAGCUACAUCGGCCACUGACUGAAGUAUAUGAAGACAAACACGCUGAUACAACGUACUACUGUUUACUUGAAAUGGGGAGAGCAGUGUCACCCACUUCAAACCAAAUGGAAACAUAACUGCCUCUCCUUGGUCAACAUUUACAUAAACAAUCUCUUAUGUGACCCUAGUUAAAGCAGAGAAAUUACAUCAAUUUACACAUCGAUUUCUGUGAGGUUGUCAGUUGUGAUGGAAGAAAUGUGGGUGCUUAUUUUGUCAUCCUCCUUCAUUAGCCUCUCUCACUUGUAAGUCAGAUGAAUUUUAAAGAUUACGUGAAUUUUUAUAGAACAUAAUCACAUUUACAAGUAAUUCAGAUUGUGAAAAUGUAUUCUGUAUUUUAUUUUUCCUAUUCAUCUCAGACUUACCAGCCUAAUAUAUGGCAGAUAAUGGUCAUAUGGUACACUGACAUGUGAUUGGCAGAUGUGCUCCCCAGUUUUUUUGGCCAGAGCAAUGAUUUUAUUUUUUUAUAUUUAUGUAUUUUAUUCUAAAUACAGUCAUAUUGUCUGCCAAAUGAUAUUCCUUCCUGAACCUUACCUCAAAUGAACCUGUAUUAAUAAUAGAUCAGGGUGCAUUAUUUAUUGUUGUGCGACUAACUAAUCAAGCAAAUGAUUUUUUAUUCUCCGUGCAUCUGUAGUACAAAUUGCCACUAGCAAUGCUGACCCUGAAUAAAUGUAUGAAGUCAGAGGCUUUAUUUGACAUGUC